AGUCACUUGCAAUCACGGGUGUUAGUCUGUUCACCAGUUAAUGAUGUUAAAUGGACAGAAACAGCAUUUCUAAGUCAUUUAAACAUAGUGCAAGAUACUUGUUUAUGUCAGAAAGUUUAACAUUAUUAAGGGAAUAUUGUUCAACAAUAUACUUACUGUGUACACGAUUUAAACGUCGAGAUGUAACAUUUAACCAGCGAAAUCUACAUAUAUCCGAAAGUGGCGCCUUCUGCGGUUACUAAAAGUUCGAUUGCAAGCGUGUUGCAAUAAAUAAUCUCAGGAUGGAAUGCGACUGCGACGAUGUAUCCUCUUGCGAGGGUAUUUCGCAUCCGGUGACUCGGAAAAAGGGCACCAAAAAUGUUUUAAUGCUAUCAAACAUUGUCGAUACAAAAAUUGAGCCAUUAUUUUGUUUGCCACCACAUUUAAUGAAAUGUAAACUAUGUAAAAGAAAAUACAAAGAACAACUGGAACGUAAACGUCAAGAAACUUAUACAGGGAAACGAUUGAAAACAGAAAACUUUCGUAGAUUUGUAGUCAGUCUCGUUGUUAAGCCGAAGCUAGAAACAGCAAAUAUAGAUUUAAGUAACGAUCAAGAGGUGAACCGAUAUUAUAAUUACAUCUGCGACGGGGCCGAUACUAUCCACACGGUACAGAUUCAAGAUGACGUGAUAGAGAAGAUAUUGAAUUUAGUCCCGUACCGUUUGACGGACCGUUUCAAUUACUGCACGGAAAGUCUACUGAUCGAGAUCAAAGAUAUUUUUACUAGGAACAUCAAGAAAGCGAUAUUGGAACAUGCUCUGAAAAAUCCUCUCCAGGAAGAUUCACGCGCGGUAGAAGAAGGAACCAAAGUGGACGAGAUAAAGCGUGUUUUCCCUUAUUUAACGGCUCGAAUUUGCAAGUACCGUGAAACUUUUCGAGACAAUUUGUUCUUGUUAAAUCCAUGCAUGAAGAUGACUUUGGAACAAUGGGUUUGCCGUUUUCUGGAUUUUCGAUUGAUCGACUUGAAAGAUAUCGCAGAACAUAAGAGCUGUUGGGAUUUGACAGAAUUUAAAGAGACGGUUUUCCGUCAAAUAAGGAGAGCAAGAUCGACCCUGGUUAAUUCUUGGUACGAUGGCAUACAAAAUAUAUUUCUUGUGAAUAAUAGAAAGAAGCUGGUUCCCAGUCCAUUGCAACGCGUACGAUUUAGAAGAUUCUUUGGAUGCACUACGAAAAUGAUGGAAACGCAGCUUUUGUACACAUGUAACCAUAGUUUGGACGAUAUUAUGAAGUUCAUCAUUUUUGGCAAGCCAGUCAAGUGUGUAUUUAACUUGAAUAUAGUUGUUCGUUCCAAUGAGCUCACGUUUGACCCAUCCUUCGACGAUUUUAAGAUGGAUCUCUGCAGCAUUUUGGACCGCUUAUGCGAUGCUAUUCGACAAUUUGACAAAUUAGAGACCCAGCUUUAUUUGGAUUGGUCUGGUUCACGAGAUUUCUUAAAACCAAAAAUAUGGGAACCCAGAGUGGAGAAACUCAAAGAGGAUAUCGUUGAUUUGAUCGAGCGAGAGAAGUUGAUUCCCAUAAAGCUAUUGAAUAAAUUACAGAUAUACGAACGUUUUUAUAACGAAGAAGAGUACGGUAAGAUGGAAAUAUUCAUAAAGGACGAGAACAAGACACUGGAGGAAUACGAGAACAUGAUCAAGUAUUAUCAUGAUUUUAUGAUGAAUAUACCAAUAAAAAUCAAAAGGACAGAGUUUUGUGGAUUGUUCGAGGUGUCUCGAAAGUGUUUCAUCGAAACGAUCGUUGAGAACGUUGGUCGUAUAAAAGAUCUUCUUACAGACAAGCUGGUGAGCAACUAUCAGAACGCAGCUAAGAAAGUUGCCGAGGAAUACGAGAGCAUAGCCGAGCGUGCCUUGAGCAUACCCGUCGACACAGCUAGUCUGAUGGAGCUUAAAAGGUUCAUUCAAAUCGUUAUAGAAGUUUCCAUGAAGAACCUAGAGAACCAGCUUUGCGACAUAAUGGAGCACAUCCUUAUGUUGUCCGAUUAUCGUCUGCUGACCGAUACUGAGAUAAACGUGAACAACGAGGCUUUCCAGUGGUACCACAAUAUACCUCAAGUUUUGGACGAAAAUGAAACGAUCAUCGCGAACAAGACGAUAGAAUUUCAGGAUGCUUUGAGAGUUAGGUAUCAGAGAUUCCACGAGGAAUUAGAGUCUUAUGCGAAGCAAGUAGAAGAGAUGCAAUAUUGGAGCGACAUUGUUGAGGUAUUCAAGUACCAGAAGAGAGCACAGGUACUGGAGAACAGAUUGAUCGCUGCCAUGGAGAAGAUCGACAAGUUUAACGAAGAGGAAGCUGCGUUCGGCUGGGAAGUCACGCAGUAUCCUCGUCGCAAGGAAAUAGCCGAUCAAUUGAAACCCUUUAAACAGCUGUUCGACUCGAUCUGCGAUUUCUUGAACAAGCACGAUCAAUGGAUGAACUCGAUGAUCGGCUCUUUCGAUCCUGAACAGAUAGACAACGACGUGGGAUACGCGUACAGAACGAUCUACAAACUGGAGAAAUAUUUCCAAGAGCCGGAUCUGAAGAAUCUGGCAGCCUCGGUGCGGGAGAAGAUCGAGAAGUUCAGAGAACAUAUGCCUAUCAUUUAUACUCUGGGUAAUCCUGGAUUAAAGGCUCGUCAUUGGGAACAAAUAUCGACGAUCAUCGACAUUCCAAUAAAAGUCGACGAGGACUUAACGUUGGCAAAGAUCCUGGAGAUGGGCCUAGCCGUGUUUGCCGAUAGGUUCGAGAGUAUUUCGGACAACGCCUCUAAAGAGAGCACAUUGGAAAGGGGUAUGGACAAGAUGGAGAGGGACUGGGCCGAUUUGUCUUUCACCGUGAACCCUUUCAAGGACACUGGGACAUACGUAAUCGCGGGUGUCGAUGAUAUACAAUUACUUCUGGACGAUCAUAUCGUUAAAACCGUCACCAUCAAGAAUUCGCCGAAUAUAAAACCGUUCGAGGCGAGGAUACUGAUGUGGGAGAACAAGCUGCACCUGCUGCAAGAUAUUCUCGAUCAAUGGUUACGCGUACAAGGUAUUUGGAUGUAUUUGGAGCCGAUCUUCUCGUCGCCUGAUAUCCAACAACAAAUGCCAGAGGAAGGUAGAAAGUUCUCGGCUGUGGACAAAACUUGGCGCGACAUCAUGAAGACUGUCCACGCUGAUCCUCGUGUUCUCUCCGUCGUCGAGAUCGAUAAGAUGUUAGAACGAUUGAAGAAGAGUUUUGGUUUGCUCGAGGAUAUACAGAGGGGGUUGAACGAUUAUCUCGAGAAGAAACGUCUCUUCUUCACGAGAUUCUUCUUUUUGUCGAACGACGAGCUAUUAGAAAUCCUUUCGGAGACCAAGGAUCCUACUCGCGUUCAACCUCACUUGAAGAAAUGUUUCGAGGGAAUAGACAGGCUGAAGUUCAACGAGGAGCUCGAAGUGUUGGCGAUGAGGUCAACGGAGGACGAAGAGGUUGAUCUCGUGGACACGAUAUCCACUGCCGCUGCCAGAGGACAAGUGGAGAAAUGGUUGAUCGAACUGGAAACAAUAAUGCGUAAAAGCGUGCGAUACGUGGUGGAACAGGCGAUACUUGCGUAUCCCACUAAACCAAGGAGGAUCUGGGUGUUGGAAUGGCCCGGUCAGACGAUCCUCUGCGUUGGUAAAACCUACUGGACCCUACGUAUAGAAGAAUCAAUGUUAUCCGGUGUGAUAGGUUUGGAGAGAUAUCUGGACCAGUGUCAGACCGAACUGAACGAGAUUAUAUUGUUGAUCAGAGGCAAACUGCCGAAACAAAGUCGCAUUACCUUAGAGGCCUUGGUUACACUGGACGUUCAUGGGAAAGACGUGCUCGCGACUCUUUACAAAGACGAAGUAAUUAAAAACACGGACUUCAGAUGGUUGUGCCAUUUGCGUUACUACUGGCUGGAGGAGAACAUGUGGGCGUACAUGAUAAAUUCGAGCCAACGAUACGGUUACGAAUACCUAGGCAAUUCCUCAAGAUUGGUGAUCACCCCUCUGACCGAUCGGUGCUACCGAACACUGUUCGGCGCGUUGAGCCUCCAUCUCGGUGGAGCACCGGAAGGCCCGGCCGGAACUGGUAAAACGGAAACGACCAAGGAUCUCGCGAAGGCGGUGGCCAAACAAUGCGUCGUAUUCAAUUGUUCCGAGGGUUUGGAUUAUCUGGCAUUGGGAAAAUUCUUCAAAGGACUCGCUUCAUGCGGCGCGUGGUCCUGUUUCGACGAGUUCAACCGGAUCGAUCUGGAAGUGUUGUCCGUGGUAGCACAACAGAUAUUGACUAUUCAACGCGCCAUAAACAGCGGCGCCGAGAAGAUGGUAUUCGAAGGAACGGAGAUCUUCUUGGACCCGUCGUGCGCGAUUUUCAUCACCAUGAAUCCCGGUUACGCCGGUAGAUCCGAGUUACCGGACAAUCUGAAGGCGUUGUUCCGUCCCGUGGCCAUGAUGGUACCCGAUUACGCGUUGAUCGCCGAGAAUACCCUUUAUUCGUACGGUUUCUACAACGGCAGGCCUCUGGCCGUGAAGAUCGUCACCGCUUACAGGCUGUGCUCGGAACAGUUGAGCAGUCAGCAUCAUUACGAUUACGGUAUGAGGGCUGUCAAGUCUGUGCUGAUCGCAGCUGGCAAUCUGAAGCUGAGAUAUCCCGAGGAAUCCGAGGAUAUACUGAUGCUGAGGAGUAUACUCGACGUGAAUUUGCCCAAGUUCCUCGUUCACGAUCUGCCGCUGUUCGAGGGUAUCGCCUCGGAUCUGUUCCCCGGCGUCGUUCUUCCGACACCUGAUUACACUCACCUGAACGCGUGCACGAAGGAAGCGUGCGACGCGGCUAAUAUCCAAUGCACCGAUUUCUUCCUGCAGAAGAUCCAACAGAUAUACGAGAUGAUGAUCGUCAGACACGGUUUCAUGAUAGUUGGUCUGCCGUUCGGGGGCAAGACGUCCGCGUACAGGAUGCUGGCCAGUUGUCUAGGCUUACUGGAGGAACGAGGACUGAUGGAGGAACACAGGGUGGAGAUAACGGUUAUCAAUCCGAAAGCGAUCACCAUGGGCCAAUUAUACGGUCAGUUCGAUCCGGCCUCGCACGAAUGGAGCGACGGCGUGCUGGCUGUCAGCUACAGAGCAUUCGCAACGUCCACCAACUCGAAUAGGAAGUGGUUGGUGUUCGACGGACCGGUCGACGCCCUUUGGAUCGAGAACAUGAACACAGUGUUGGACGACAAUAAAAAGCUUUGUUUGACCUCCGGGGAAAUAAUACAGCUGUCACCCACUACGAAUCUGAUCUUCGAACCGAUGGACUUGGAGGUCGCAUCACCGGCGACCGUGUCGAGGUGCGGUAUGAUUUACAUGGAGCCUGUCAGCCUUGGUUGGACACCGCUUUUAACUUCCUGGUUGAACACUUUACCAUCUACCUUCACCGAGCACAUUAAAAUUCAUUUACACGAAAUGUAUGCUAGGUUCUGUCCACCUCUUCUGCGUCUACUUGGUCGAUUCGAAGUGAAGGAGUUGAUUAAAAUGCCAGAGGCGAACGUGAUUAGGUCGCUGAUGUAUCUGUUCGAUUGUUUCCUCGACGAUUUCCACGAUGAGAAGUAUCUUCAUACCUUAUCGGAUCUAGACAUGAGGGCGCAGAUAGAGGGUUGCUUCUUCUUCUCUUGCAUUUGGUCGAUGGGUGGCACGUUAACGGCCGAUUCUCGCCAUUGGUUCAGCGAUCUUUUCAGAGCGUUGACCGAGAGAGAAUUUCCUGAGGAUGCCAGGGAACGUUUCGACGUAUCAGACGAGGUCACGGACCCGUCGAAACCGUACGUGGUGAAUUUGCCGUUGACGGGUCUGGUGUUUGAUUACAAGUACGUGAAAGAGGGCAGAGGAAGAUGGAGAUCGUGGUUGGACGAUUUGCAAGACCUCCCAGCGAUACCCAAAGACGUACCAGUCAAUCAAAUCAUUGUCCCGACGAUUGAGACCGUUCGAUACGUACACUUGUUCAAACUGUUGAUCUGUCAUCAAAAGCCUGUCUUAUUGGUUGGUCCAACUGGUACCGGCAAGUCCGUCUACAUAAUGGACUUCCUGUUGAAGAAGAACGAUCCGGAAACCUUCAAACCGCUGUUCGUGAUAUUCUCGGCUCAAACGAGCGCUAAUCAAACUCAGGAAAUCAUCAUGAACAAAUUGGAUAGAAGGAAAAAGGGACUUUACGGAGCUCCUCCAGGAAAAUACUGGGUGGUUUUCGUGGACGAUCUUUCCAUGCCUCAGAAGGAAGAAUACGGUGCCCAGCCACCUAUAGAAUUACUAAGACAAUGGCUCGAUCACUGGACGUGGUACGAUUUAAAAGAAGUAACUCCGAUACAGCUGGUGGACGUUCAAUUGGUUUGCGCCAUGGGUCCUCCAUCCGGGGGACUGGAUGUCACACCAAGAUUCAAAAGACACUUCGUCACCCUGGGCAUUUCUGAGUUCUCCGAUAACGUUCUUAUCACCAUCUUCACCGCCCUGGUGUCCUGGCACUUGGACAGCAAAGAGUUUCCCGAUUUUUUCCGUCCGAUCGUUGAAUGCAUUGUUCAAGGUACUCUGGACAUUUAUAAGGAGACCAGGAAGCAUCUUUUGCCGACUCCAGCCAAGUGCCAUUACUUGUUCAAUCUGCGAGACUUCUCGAGGGUGAUUCAAGGAGUGCUGUUGUCCACGCCUGAAACUGUCACCGAACCUAUCGGUAUGAAACGAUUAUGGGUACACGAAGUGCUACGCGUUUAUGGGGACCGAUUGAUCGACGACAUGGACAUCAAAUGGCUCGUCGAACAGAUACGGAAAACCUUGUCGGAAUACAUGGAGGAUGAUUUGAAUUACAUGUUCCAAAAUUUACUCGGCGAUGCGGCUAUCUCUGUGACAGAAAUGGAGCUUCGAAAUCUGAUCUACUGCGAUUUCGAGGACCCAUUGGCUGAUCGAAAAUUGUACCUAGAAGUGGAGGAUUUGGAUCGCCUGGCGAUCGUGGUUGAGGAGUACCUCGCGGAGUACAAUUCCAUUUCAAGGACACCGAUGAAUCUCGUACUUUUCCGGUUUGCAGUGGAACAUCUGUCAAAGAUUUGUCGAGUGAUGAUGCAGCCCCGAAGUCACGCGUUGUUGAUUGGCGUCGGUGGUUCCGGAAGGCAAUCAUUGACCAGACUAGCAGCCCAUAUCGCUGACUACGAGCUGUUCCAGGUGGAAAUGUCACAGCAGUACGGCCGGCACGAAUGGCACGAGGACCUGAAGAGUAUCUUAAAAAAGAGCGCCGCUAGUGAGCUGCACACCGUCUUCCUCUUCAUGGACACUCAAAUCAAAGAAGAAUCGUUCUUAGAAGACAUCAGCAACUUGUUAAAUUCCGGAGAGGUACCGAACCUAUUCGCCCCCGAUGAGAUGUCCGACAUCUGCGAGAAGAUGCGCGUGAUCGAUCGUCAAAGGGACAGAUCCGUGCAGACGGACGGAAGUCCUGUGGCCCUCUUCAACUUCUUCGUGCAGACGGUCCGCGAGCAUCUGCACGUGGUCGUCACUAUGUCGCCGAUCGGUGAUAAUUUCCGUGUGAGGAUUCGAAAGUUUCCAGCUUUGGUCAAUUGUUGCACGAUAGAUUGGCUUCAACCUUGGCCGGAGGACGCACUACUCGCUGUGGCAACCAAGUUUCUAGGUGAAAUUGAUCUGACGAAGAAAGAGGAAACCGCGUGCAUCGAGAUGUGUCAAUACUUUCACACCUCCACCCAGGAGUUGUCGCACGAGUUCCUGAGGAAGACCAAGAGGCACAACUACGUCACGCCCACCUCGUACCUGGAGCUCAUCAACACUUUCAAGGAUCUGCUGAGGAAAAAGAGGAAGGCGACGAUCGACGGGAAGAAGAGGUACGAGGCGGGUCUGGAAAGGUUGGACAGUACUCACAAGCAAGUGGAGAAGAUGCAGGAGAUUUUAGUUGCUUUGCAACCGAAGCUGCUUAUCGCUGCCAAGGACGUCGAGACCAUGUUCCUCAACGUUCAAAAGGAGAGCGACGAGGUCGCAGCCAUGGAGCAAGUCGUCAAGAUGGACGAGGAGGCUGCUAUGGUGGUGGCACACGAAGCGGAAGGCAUUCGUGCGGAAUGCGACGCCGACUUGCAAGAUGUGAUGCCGAUACUGAACGCGGCUAACGACGCCUUGAACACUUUAACCCCGCAGGAUAUUCAAAUAGUGAGAUCCAUGAAACGACCGCCAGCCGGUGUUCGACUGGUUAUGGAAGCAGUCUGCAUACUGAAGGACGUGAAACCAGAGAAGGUUUCCACCCCAGAAGGCACGGUGGACGAUUACUGGAAAGCUUCACUUCGUCUACUAAGCGACAUGAAGUUCCUCGAGUCCUUAUUGUUAUACGAUAAGGAUAACAUCUCGGAGAAGAUCAUGACAAGGAUCCGAACUACGAUCCUAACGAACCCGAAUUUCGACCCGGAGAGGGUCAGACACGUUUCUACAGCCUGCGAAGGUCUCUGCAGAUGGGUGUUCGCGUUAUCAGAGUACGACCAGGUGGCCAAGAUAGUAGCACCGAAGAAGCAAGCCUUGGCCAAGGCAGAAGCCGACUAUUCGGUAGCGAUGGCCCAGUUGAAUCUGAAGAGAAGGCAGCUACAGGAGGUCAGAGACAGGCUGGCGAAAUUGGAGGAACUUUUGCAGGAACGAAGAAUCGAGUACCAGGCGAUGAACGACGAGGUGAAAGACUGCGAAGAGAAGUUAAGAAGAGCGAAGGAAUUGAUCGGAGGCCUAGGUGGAGAAUACACCAGAUGGUCUGACACUGCUAGAGAGCUUGGUGAACGCUAUCACAUCCUGACGGGGGACAUCCUCAUAGGUUCUGGUAUCGUUGCAUACCUAGGCGUGUUCACGUCACAGUACAGACAGCAGCAGAUCGGAGAUUGGGUGAAGAUCUGCACCGACCUGAACGUGUUUUGCACCCAGGACUAUCAACUGACCCAGGUCCUAGGCGAUCCUGUGCUCAUACGUUCUUGGAACAUCUUCGGCUUGCCCACUGACCUCUUCUCCAUAGACAACGGGAUAAUCGUGACGAAUUCCAGAAGAUGGCCGUUGAUGAUCGAUCCCCAAGGUCAGGCUAACAAAUGGGUCAAGAAUAUGGAGAAAGAUAAUAGCGUGAACGUGAUCAGACUGAUCCAGAGUGAUUAUAUGAGGAUCCUGGAGAACGCUGUGCAGUUUGGGCAGCCAGUUUUGUUGGAGAACGUUGGCGAAGAACUUGACGCUGCCUUGGAGUCCUUAUUAAUGAAGCAAACGUUCAGGGCUGGAGGUGCUGUGUGCAUUAAGAUCGGAGAUUCCAUCAUCGAGUACUCUGAUCACUUUCGAUUCUACAUAACGACCAAACUACGUAAUCCACAUUAUCUACCGGAAGUGGCAGUGAAAGUAACGCUAUUAAACUUCAUGAUCACACCGAUCGGAUUGGAGGAUCAGCUGUUGGGUAUCGUGGUAGCGAAGGAGAGGCCGGAUUUAGAGUCAGAGAAGAAUCAGCUGAUCGUCCAAGGAGCCGCCAACAAGAAAAUGUUGAAGGAGAUCGAGGAUCAGAUACUGGAAGUCCUGUCGACCUCCCAGGAGAACAUUCUCGAGGACGAGACUGCGAUCAGCGUGUUAAGCUCCUCGAAGACGUUGUCGAACGAGAUUCUGGCUAAGCAAACGGUCGCCGAGGUCACCGAAAAAUCCAUCGACGCUGCUAGAUUAGAGUACACCCCUAUUGCUGUUUAUAGCACCGUUCUGUUCUUCACCAUCGCUAUAUUGGCGAACAUCGAUCCGAUGUAUCAGUACUCUUUGGUCUGGUUCAUGAAUCUCUUCAAACAGACGAUCGAUAAUACAGAACAUGUCGAGGAUAUAGGGCAGCGAUUGGAGGACCUCACGAAACACUUCACGUACUCCCUUUACGUGAACAUAUGUCGCUCGUUGUUCGAGAAGGACAAGCUUUUAUUCUCGGUGUUGCUUUCGGUGAACCUGCUGAACAAGCAGGGAGCGAUCUCGAUGCCUCAAUGGAUGUUUCUGUUGACCGGUGGUGUGGGACUUGAGAAUCCCUUCGCGAAUCCCACUCAAUGGCUACCGUCGAAAUCCUGGGACGAAUUGUGUCGUUUGAGCAGCGUUUCUGGUUUCGAGGGAUUCAAAGACACGUUUACGAAAAACAUAAGCGCCUGGAAGGUGGUCUUUGAUCACAUGGAACCGCAUACACUGCCGUUCCCCGUGCCUUACGAAAACCUCAUCCCUUUCGAGAGGAUGCUUGUGCUGCGAUGUAUUCGUCCUGACAAAGUCGUGCCUGCCGCUCAGCAAUUUGUACAAGAGCAACUAGGGAAACAGUAUAUCGAGUCACCACCCUUCGACCUUGUCUCAUCAUUCUCGGAUUCAUAUUCCUGCAUUCCUCUGAUAUUCGUGCUGACGCCUGGCGCCGAUCCCAUGGCGGUUCUACUGAAAUUCGCCGACGAUAUGGGUUUCGGCACCAACCGACUGUUCUCUUUGUCUUUGGGUCAAGGACAAGGAGUUAUCGCAGCUCAGCUUAUCGACGAUGGAGUGAAAAAUGGCACCUGGGUGGUUCUCCAGAAUUGUCAUCUUGCCAAGAGUUUUAUGCCGCUGUUGGAGAAGAUUUGCGAGAGUUUCACCCCGGGGACCGUUCAUCCCGACUUUCGAUUAUGGUUGACGAGUUAUCCGGUGGAACACUUUCCGGUCAGUGUUCUUCAGAACGGCGUUAAAAUGACGAACGAACCGCCGAAGGGAUUGCGAGCGAACAUAGUCAGGUCGUUCCUGCAGGAUCCAAUAUGCGACGACGAGUUCUUUGAUACGUCGAAUCAGAAGGGUACCUUUAAGAAGCUGCUCUUCGCCCUGUGUUUCUUCCACGCGAUCGUCCAAGAACGAAGGAAAUUCGGUCCGAUCGGAUGGAACAAUCAGUACGAAUUCAACGAGACCGAUUUGCGUAUCAGCGCUUUGCAAUUGAGGAUCUUUCUCGACCAAUACGACGACGUGCAAUACACUGCUUUGAAAUACUUGACCGGUGAAUGCAAUUACGGUGGUCGUGUGACGGACGAAUGGGACAGGAGAACUUUGAACACGAUCCUAACGAAAUUCUAUUGCCCUGGUGUGAUCGAGAAACAGAAAUACCAGUUUGACCCGAGCGGAAUAUAUUUCGUGCCUGUGGUAACCACGCAUACCGAGUUCCUCGAUUACAUUAAAUCUUUUCCGAUGGCCACCGCGCCCAGCGUCUUCGGGAUGAACGAAAACGCUGACAUCAUCAAGGAUCAGCAAGAAACUACUCUAAUGUUAUCGUCGAUAUUAGCUACUCAGGACACCGGAGAAACGGAAACAGAUAGAGGAAAAUCAGCCGACGAGAUCGUGUACGAGGUGACGUCUGAUAUUCUGUCAAGGUUACCGAACGAUUUCGAUCUUGUCGUCGCCCUGGAGAAAUACCCGACGUUGUAUAAUCAAAGCAUGAACACGGUACUGGUCCAAGAAAUGGGAAGAUUCAACAAGCUUCUGCGAACGAUCAGAAAUAGCCUGGUGAACGUUCAGAAAGCGAUCAAAGGUCUGGUGAUGAUGAACACGGACCUCGAAGAGGUCUACGUAUCGAUAAUCACUGGAAAGAUACCGAAGAUGUGGAUGAGGAACUCUUAUCCAUCUUUGAAGCCUUUGGGUAGCUACAUACAGGAUUUCUUGAAGAGACUGAACUUUCUUCAGUCGUGGUACGACGUAGGACCACCUACCACCUUCUGGAUAUCCGGUUUCUAUUUCACCCAAGCCUUCCUCACCGGUGCACGUCAGAAUUACGCGAGAAAGUACUCGAUACCCAUUGAUCUGCUUAUCUACGAUUUCGUUCCCAUGAAACAGAGUGUACUCAUGGAAGCACCAGCCGACGGUGUUUAUAUUUACGGUUUGUUCCUCGACGGAGCUCGUUUCAACAGGACGACGAUGAAACUCGACGAGUCCUUACCGAAGAUUCUCUACGAUACGGUACCCUAUAUUUGGCUGAUACCGACGAAGAAGGACGAAUUGGAGGAAAAGGAAACGUACACCUGUCCCGUGUACAAGACCACAGAGAGAAGAGGUGUUCUGUCGACGACCGGCCACUCGACGAACUUCGUAAUCGCCAUAUGGCUCCCGACGGACCAUCCACCGGAACACUGGGUCCUCCGAGGCGUAGCUAUGCUCUGUCAAUUGUCCGAUUAAACC